ACUGGUGGAUUAUUUUGAAAACACGAGGGAUACGUUUGGAGUUUCCUUUUUUUCUUUAAAAGUAAGUCAGUUUAUCUGGGUUAUACACUCAUAUGUGCUUUUAUAGCACUUUUAGUGUCUGAACGGACGAGUCAAAUCAAAGAACGAAAAAAAAGAAGAGAAAGCAACCAACCUGCUUACUUAUAGCACACUUCAUAGCUAAUAGCUAACCUAAGGAAACAUCUGUGAUUUCUUUUAGAGUAGCGUUUCCUUCCAGCAAAACCUAUUUAAUUGGAUUUAAUCAGUAGCCAGCAAUUAUUUCAGACGAAUAAGUUAAAUAACUAGGAAUAACGUUAACGUAUAGCGUUAUAACGAUAUAACGUUAGCUUGUGUUUUGAAUUUAAACAUGUAUGGCAUGAGCACCGAGGCGCCCGAGAAAGCGGGUGAUGAAGCCCCGAGCUCCGGAGGAGGCGCGGGGAGCGGCGGAGGUUCGCGGUUUGACCUGGAGAAGGAGACCGAGCUGCGGUUUGAGGUCGAGGCCGGAGAGCGGGUACAGCUCGAACUGCUGUCCGGUUUGGCCGAGGUGUUCGGCUCCGAACUGAACCGGAACAAGAAGUACACAUUCGGGCCUGGUUCGAAGAUCGCCGUGUUCACGUGGCAGGGAUGCAGCCUAUCGCUCAGCGGGAAGACCGAGGUGGCUUAUGUCUCCAAAGACACCCCUAUGCUCUUGUAUCUGAACACACACGCUGCGCUGGAGCAGAUGAGACGGCAGGCUGAGAAAGACAACGAGAGAGGGCCGAGGGUCAUGGUGGUGGGGCCGACCGACGUGGGGAAAUCCACCGUGUGUCGUCUGCUGCUGAACUACGCAGUGAGGCUGGGCAGGAGGCCCACGCUCGUGGAGCUGGACGUCGGCCAAAGCAGCGUGUCUGUUCCAGGGACAAUGUCAGCGCUGUACAUUGAGCGUCCAGCAGAUGUCGAGGAAGGUUUCUCUGUCCAGGCUCCUCUAGUCUUCCACUUUGGCUCCACAUCACCAGGGACCAAUAUCAAACUGUAUAACAAGCUGACGUCCUGUCUGGCGGAGGUGUUCUCACAGCGCUGUGAGGUGAACCGGAAGGCCAGCGUAGGAGGCUGCAUCAUCAACACGUGCGGCUGGGUGAAGGGUUCAGGAUACCAGGCGCUGGUCCACUGCGCUUCAGCAUUCCAGGUGGACGUGGUGCUGGUCCUCGAUCAGGAACGCCUCUACAACGAGCUCAAACGGGAUCUGCCGCACUUUGUCCGCGUUGUGCUGCUACCCAAGUCCGGCGGUGUUGUAGAACGCUCCAAAGACUGCAGACGGGAGACACGCGACGACAAGAUCCGCGAAUAUUUCUAUGGCUUCCGUGGCACCACGUUCUACCCGCACGCUUUCGACGUGCGCUUUUCGGAUGUGCGCAUCUACAAGAUCGGGGCGCCAUCCAUUCCGGACUCGUGUCUGCCGCUGGGCAUGUCGCAGGACGACACGCAGUUGAAGCUGGUUCCUGUGAGCCCGGGGCGUGACCUGACCCACCACGUGCUGAGCGUUAGCUGCGUGGAGGACGACGCUGAGGGAGGAGAGAGCCGCAGCAGGGGGAUUUUAGAGAGUCCGGUUUGUGGCUUCAUCGUGGUUACGGCUGUGGACACUCAGGCUCAGGUGAUGACUGUACUCGCUCCAGCACCCAGACCGCUGCCUCGACACACACUCCUCAUCAUGGACAUUCGCUUCAUAGACCUCAAAUGAAGAACUGGAGGGAAGGGCAGGGACGAGUGGGAGGGCCGAUGUGCUCGGAAAAAACAGGAAUGUGGAAAUGGAGCGAGAUUACAUCUGUACAUGAACUGAAGUGGGAUCAGCAGAUGGAGAUAUCACUCUGCCCUUAUUUUACCUCUGUUUCAAUCACAGUGCUUGCUGUUCCUCCUGUUUAUUUUUAUUCCUCUCAUUUUAUUGGUCUCUUUCUUUCAUCUCUCUCUUUCUCCUCCACUUUUUCUCUCUUUCUGCUUUUGCCACAUUCUCUCUGUCUCACCUUUUUUUUUAAUCCCUUUCACUCUUUAUUUCUUUGUAUAUCUUUCGCUUUCUUUUCUUAUUCAUUUGUUCUCACAUUUCGGUUUUUUUUCUAUUUAUUUUUCUUUCUUUCUCCAUUCUUUCUUUCUUUCUUUCUUUUUCUUUAGUUUGUUCUUUCUAUAUCUCAUUUCUGUCUUUCAUUCUCUAUCACAUUUUGCUUAAUUUCUCUCUCCCACAUUUCUUUUUUCUCUUUUUUCUUCCCCUUUCUCUUUCUUUCUGUUUCAUUUUUCUCUCAUCUUUCUUUCUUUCUUUCUUUCUUUCUUUCUUUCUUUCUUUCCUGUUUGAUUUUUCUCUCAUUUUUCUUUCAUUCUUCCUUGUUUCUCAUGGUCUUCCUCUUCCUAUUUUUCCUCCACUUUCAGUUCCUUGCAAGCACUGCAUGUAAGAAAUGCAGAUGUGUUUUAUUUGUUGAAGUAUUUUGGACAGAUGUUUGUAAUAAAUGUGUUGUUCUUAUGCAAUAAAAUAAAUGGUGUUUGAUAACUUUUA